AUGGCUGGCUCCAACGAUGACAUUAUCUCGCCAUUUGGUCCGCUGCAGAAUGAACUGGCACGGAUGAGAGGGGCGAAUCUCAACGCUGCUAUCCAAGAUGUCGACAAAAUUAUCGAACAUCUGGUAGCAGCUCGGGAGCAGAUUGCUGCGGCUGACGCCGACCAUCAUCGAAUCAGCAUGGAAAUGACAAAACUCCAGAACCCCGUCAAAGGACGACUUGAAGCCAUCAACAACGACCUCAGAGAUGUGACCAAGGCGCAGCGGAGCUUCGGAAAGGCCCUCGACAAGGCACGCCUCCAUGUCCACCUUCCCUCCUUCGCCUUGCCGCAGAGGGAACUACCGAUGGGGACAGAUGCCAUGGCGGAUCACCCAUCUCUCAUAAACCGCGCCAUAGCCAUGCAUCUCGUCCGAGAGGGCCAGUUUUCCGUUGCAUCGACCUUUGUCCGCGAGUCACGAGACCACCAGCCCCCCCUCUCAUUAGAGCCCUGGUCUCCCCGUACGGCGCGUACCGAUGAAGACGGCGAUGACGACAUGCAAGGAGGCGGAGAGGAGGAGAGGCUUACCGGACAUGGCGUCAGCAACUAUCCCGAGGACCUCCAGGGGCAGUUUGCAGAGAUGUACAGUCUACUGUCAGAGCUAAGAAACAGGAAUCUAGGACCAGCUAUCAAAUGGGCACGCCAAAAUAACAGCAGGCUGGAGUCAGCGGGGAGCAAUCUGGAGUUUGAACUCUGCAAGUUGCAGUUCGUGUGGCUUUUCAAGGGGCCCGUGAUCAAUGGACUGCCUGAUGAUGAGAGGAAUGGGGCAAGGGGCGCAUUAAGAUACGCACAGGAACACUUUGCUCGCUUUCAGAGUCGGCACCUGAAAGAGAUCCAGCGACUUUCCGGUGCAAUCGCCUAUGCACCAAACAUUGAGCAGUCUCCCUACCGACACAUCUUCCAAAUCGAUUCGGCAUUCGAAGAUGUUGCCGCCUCAUUCACCCGCGAGUUCUGCUCUCUAUUAGGCUUAUCAGCAGAGUCACCGUUAUAUGUCGCCGUCACGGCCGGUUCCAUUGCUUUACCUCGACUUGUCAAGUAUAACAAAAACACCAAGGAGAAGAAAACAGAGUGGACGACGGAGAACGAGCUGGCAUUCGAAACGCCUCUCCCGCCAUCCAUGAUUUACCACUCAAUUUUUGUAUGCCCUGUCAGCAAGGAGCAGACGACGGAACAGAAUCCCGCCAUGAUGCUCCCUUGCGGGCAUGUGAUUUGCAGGGAAAGUCUGCACAACAUGGCAAAGGGCUCAAGAUACAAAUGUCCGUACUGCCCGACCGAAGGCCAUCUGAAAGACGCCAUCAAAAUCACGCUUUGA